UGGGGAUUUCGAUGUUUUUUACUUUGACCGAAAGAGGAGAGAAGGAGAAAGUGUGCAGCUUUCGUUCGGCGCUACUCAGCUCUUCUCUUCUCAGCUCUUCUCUACUGUCUUCCUUCUUCUUCUUCUUCUUCUGGAUUUCAAGGAUUAAUGUCUUUAGCCUCAUCGCCCGUCUCUAUCUUCCUCUCUCUGCAUACACACAUGGAGUUCUGUUUGAUCUUUUGUUGAAUUCGCUCUCAAAAAUAUCUACAGUAAACUACAAACCUUUUUUUUUUGUUUUUCCUUUUUAGCUUUCCCACCCAAACCAGCCACAGUUCCCGAAUCCGCCAAAUCUAGCGACGUCCUUUGCACUCUCCGCCUCUCUCUCUCUCUCUCUCUCGCUUCUCCUCUCGCGAGCUCGGCCGAGGAGAACCGAACCACAUGAGUGAACUUUAUCGAAUGAAGCAAUUACAAUAUUGAAUACUCCCAGGCUUGGCUAGUGUGUGUUCUAUGCUAUGUACUGUACUUGAAGACAUGGGCUUACUCUGCAGCAAAAAUCGGCAUUAUAAUGAAGCAGAUGCUGAAGAGAAUGCCCAGACAGUUGAAAUUGAUAGGCGGAUUGAGCUGGAAACAAAGGCAGAAAAGCAUAUCCAGAAACUUCUACUUCUUGGUGCUGGUGAAUCAGGGAAAUCAACAAUUUUUAAGCAGAUAAAACUUUUGUUUCAAACUGGCUUUGAUGAUGCAGAACUAAAGAGUUAUAUCUCAGUCGUACAUGCGAAUGUUUACCAGACAAUAAAAAUAUUGUAUGAUGGGUCAAAGGAAUUGGCUCAAAAUGAGAUGGAUUCCUCGAAGUAUGUCUUAUCCAUUGAAAAUAAGGAGAUAGGAGAGAAACUAUCAGAAAUUGGAGCCAGGUUGGAUUAUCCAUGUCUCACCAAGGAACUGGCGCAGGAUAUAGAAACCGUGUGGAAAGAUAAUGCAAUUCAGGAAACAUAUUCUCGUGGUAAUGAGUUCCAAGUACCUGACUGUGCCCAGUAUUUCAUGGAAAAUUUGCAAAGAUUGGCCAACUCAAGUUAUGUUCCAACAAAGGAGGAUGUUCUGUACGCAAGAGUUCGGACAACUGGUGUUGUAGAAAUCCAGUUCAGCCCGGUUGGAGAGAAUAAAAAAAGUGGUGAAGUAUAUAGACUCUUUGAUGUAGGAGGCCAAAGAAACGAGAGAAGGAAGUGGAUCCAUCUGUUUGAGGGCGUUUCUGCUGUAAUUUUUUGUGCUGCUAUUAGCGAGUACGAUCAAACUCUCUUUGAGGAUGAAAACAAGAACCGAAUUAUGGAGACUAAAGAACUCUUUGACUGGGUCCUGAAGCAACCAUGUUUUGAGAAAACAUCCUUCAUGCUGUUUUUAAACAAGUUUGAUAUAUUUGAGAAGAAGGUUCUUAAGGUACCAUUGACUGUUUGUGAGUGGUUCAAAGAUUACCAACCUGUUUCUACAGGAAAACAGGAGAUUGAACACGCGUAUGAGUUUGUGAAGAAGAAAUUUGAGGAGUUGUAUUUUCAGAGCAUUGCCCCUGAUCGUGUGGACCGGGUUUUUAAGAUCUAUCGAACGACUGCUCUUGAUCAGAAGCUUGUGAAGAAGACUUUCAAAUUGGUGGACGAGACCUUGAGAAGGAGAAAUCUUUUUGAGGCGGGGUUGUUGUGAUUGCGAAGGGAAAUCUCUGAGAAAAUGUUGAUGUUUUUUCAGAGCUCUCAAUCAAGAUCCGGGAAAAAGAGGUUGCAAACCAUAUUAGUCGACUGCUGCCGGCAAGUCAUAUUCCACAGGUUAAAGGUUUUUGAAUCCCCAUUUGUUUCUACUAUUUAAUUGAAAGAAGAUUUUGUCUUUGUUUUUUCUCUAUUGCACGGUACAUCAUAGAACUUUGUAUUCCUUUUUAAAUGGUUCCUUGUCUAUAAUUAUUGCUAUCAAAUGGUUCCUUUGAUGGGGAGUGGCUCA